UCUCUGGAGCUGAAGAUGGCUGCUGUCACUGCUUUGGGAAGCUUACUGAAACCCUUGCUUGGCCAUCCUGUUGCCUUUCCCUGGAGGGCUUGCUUGGCUGACAGAAGGUCCCUUCAAGUCAUUACAGCGGUUGCCUGGAAGAAGUGUGAAGCCCACGCGAUGCCUCCUUUUCCUCAGCUGCCCUUCAGUACUAGUUCUUCAAGGUUUGUUCCUGCUGUCACCCAGCACGCUUCCUAUUUUAAAGGCACAGCUGUGGUUAAUGGAGAGUUCAAAGAACUUAAUUUAGAUGACUUCAAAGGGAAGUAUCUGGUCCUAUUCUUCUACCCUUUGGAUUUCACCUUUGUAUGUCAAACAGACAUUAUUGCUUUCAGAGAGAAAGCUAAUACAUUCCAUGAUGUGAAUUGUGAGGUUGUGAGGUUGUUGCUGUCUCACUUUUGUCAUCUUGCCUGGAUAAAUAUACCGUGAUUGGGCCACAUGAAUAUCUCUCUUCUAUCAGAUUUAACCAAACAAAUUUCUCAAGAUUAUAGUGUACUCUUGGAAGCAUCCGGUAUUGCAUUAAGGGGGCUUUUCAUCGUUGAUCCCAGUGGAAUUAUCAAGCAUUUGAUCAUCAGUGACCUCCCAGUUGGUCGCAGUGUAGAAGAAAUGCUUCACUUGUUGAAGGCAUUCCAGUAUGUAGAAACACAUGGAGAAGUCUGCCCAGCAAACUGGAUUCCAAACUCCCCCAUGAUCAAGCCUAGCCCAGAAGCUUCAAAGGCGUAUUUUGAAAAAGUACAUCUGUAAGCCAAGGGAGGUUAGGGGUUAGUGGAAUAUUGUGGGCUGAAACCAGAAACUGAUUU